AAUCAAGGGUUUGCAAAUGGGAAUGUCGAGCGGAUCAAGCAGCAAAAAUGGCGGACCUGGAAGCAGUUUUAGCCGAUGUUUCCUACCUUAUGGCGAUGGAAAAAUCCAAAUCCACGCCAGCAGCAAGAGCCAGCAAGAAGAUAGUCCUCCCAGAUCCAUCAGUUUAUCAUGUUAUGCAUAAAUAUCUCAGUGAAAGAAACGAAGUUACAUUCGACAAGAUUUUCGACCAGAGACUAGGUUAUCUUCAAUUUAAAGAAUUUUGUCAAACACAGUGCGAUGAACCGGUUCCUCAACUGGAUUUCUAUGAAGAUAUAAGAGAAUAUGAGAAGUGCCAGUCUCAGGAAGAUAAACUCAAACUGGCAAGGAAUAUCUUUGACCAGUACAUCAUGUGUGAAUUACUGGCUUGCUCUCAUUCAUUCUCAUUCAGUGCUCUUCAGCAUGUGCAAGUACAUAUUACUAAAAAAGAGUUGCCAUCAAAUUUAUUUGAGCCUUAUAUGCUUGAAAUACGAGAUAGUCUGAGAGGUUCUAUUUUCCAGAAAUUUCUGAAAAGUGACAGAUUUGUGAGGUUCUGUCAGUGGAAGAACCUAGAGCUGAAUAUUAAUCUUACAAUGAAUGACUUCAGCGUACAUAGAAUUAUUGGUAGAGGUGGAUUUGGAGAGGUCUAUGGCUGCAGGAAAGCUGACACUGGAAAAAUGUAUGCAAUGAAAUGCUUAGACAAAAAGAGAAUUAAGUUAAAACAGGGUGAAACUCUUGCAUUGAAUGAAAGGAUAAUGCUGUCAAUGGUCAACUCCCCCUUCAUUGUGUGCAUGACAUAUGCUUUUCAAACACCUGAUAAACUGUGCUUUGUACUGGAUUUAAUGAAUGGUGGGGAUCUACACUACCAUCUCUCACAACAUGGCGUUUUUGAUGAAAGUGCUGUUCGAUUUUACGCUUCUGAAAUCAUCCUCGGACUUCAACACAUGCAUGAAAGAAAGAUAUGCUAUAGAGACUUAAAACCUGCCAACAUAUUGUUGGACGAACAUGGACACGUACGGAUAUCAGAUUUGGGUCUGGCUUGUGACUUCUCGAAAAAAAAACCUCAUGCAAGUGUCGGUACUCAUGGGUACAUGGCACCAGAAGUGCUUAAAAAAGGAGAGGCGUAUGACUCGUGUGCUGACUGGUUCUCACUGGGAUGUAUGUUGUUUAAGCUGCUUGUAGGACACAGUCCCUUUCGACAGCACAAGACAAAAGACAAACACGAGAUUGACAGAUUAACCCUUACUUAUGAUGUGGAAUAUCCAGAAACAUUUACAGAAGAGAUGAAAGGAGUACUGGCAGGAUUGCUUGAAAGGGACGUGCCAAACAGACUCGGCUGCAUGGGCAGAGGAGCGCACGAAGUCAGAGAACAACCUUUCUUUAAGGAUGUAGAUUGGAAGCUAGUUGAAUAUACUAAGUAUCCUCCUCCAUUGAUCCCACCACGAGGAGAAGUCAACGCUGCAGAUGCAUUUGAUAUCGGUUCCUUUGAUGAAGACGACGUUAAGGGGAUCAAGAUGUCCGAGAACGAUCAGGAAAUUUACAAAGAUUUUAAUCUCGUUGUUUCUGAAAGAUGGCAAGCUGAAAUUGCAGAAACCGUUUUUGAGGUUGUUAAUCAGGAGCACGACAAGAUGGAGGCAAAGAAAAAGACAAAACAUCAAAAUUCUAUCACAGAAAUGGCCGAGGAUGGCGAUCGCCUUCUUGAAGGAUAUUUGUACAAACUUGGCGGACCUUUCAUGAACAGUUGGCAAAAAAGAUACUUUCACUUAUUCCCAAACAGACUGGAAUGGAGAGGAGACCAGAUGAACUCUCCCAGCCUUCUGUGCAUGGAGAAUAUAACUGGAGUAGAAGAAACACACGUUAAGGGAUUCAAAUGCAUUAAAGUCAGUACGCUUGUCAAAGACAACAGAGAUCACUUGUUAAGAGCUGAGACGGAAACAGAAUUUCAAGAAUGGUUAAAGGAGAUCAAGCAGUCUUUCCAACAGGCUCAAGUAAUGCUGCGAGCAGGCUUCAAAAUCAUAGGAACAGGCCACCAACGUUACGUCACGCAAUACAGUAAGGAAGAAAAUGGGCCAAUUUCACCGUGAUCUUUCACGGAAUACCGGUAGCCUUAUGUAAAUACGUAGAAAUGAGGCUAAGCGAGUCCGCAGUUUAGUAAUCAGCAGUCACUUUGCUGUAAAAAUUCGGACUAGAGCACGUGAUGAGAUAGAAUAUGCACAUGCGCAGUGCAUGCGUUUGUCUUUAUCACGCGUGCUUCUUAUUGACUAAAUUAUUGCGCAGCUCUACGCGACGGAAGAAUUUAAUAUGGAUGAUAAAAAGGCUGACAUGUUUGCUUCUAUUUUCUGGAUUCAAAUUCCGUGACAACUUUUCGAAUUUGCAUGACAUUGAUAGUUUAAAUGGUAAUGUGUCGUGUCCGUGAGAAUGUCACGCUGUUUUUAAUCCAUAAAUUUUAGAAGCACGUGAUUAAGACGAUUUCUCGUGCAUUCGCAGUAUAGCAGAAGCGUCGAAUAGUUUCUUAGUGCGCAUGAUCGAAAUGUUGUCUUUCUCGAUCCCUACUGUAAAUUUAGGUUUGAAUGAUUUUGUAUGAUUGUAAAUCUACUGUUCUUGCCCUCUAGAUUUCCUUUCCAUUGACCCAAACAUUCUAUAUUCUUACAACCUUAAAACUCCUUCCAACCCUGUUGUAGAUAUACACUCAUACUAAAGUUUUCGAUGUACGUUCUUAGUUGUCAUCACAGAAGUCCCGAAAUACCUCGUCUGUGUCGAUAACUGAGGGCUUAUUGAAAGUAAAACCCUGUAAGAUAACGUCUGUUGCAAUGUACAAAGUGCUAUUGUAGAAGGCUGGUUGGGGAUAUAAUUUGGUUAAUAUUGUAGAUACGUUCGAGAUAGCCAAGGCAAAAGACGACUAUUUGUCACGUGCUUAAGAUUUCGCCUUUAAUACUAAAUCUGGCUUCAUGUCCGAUCUGUGCAUGCGCGGAUAUUUUUAUGAUUAUUUCUUAAGUCAAAAAAAUGUUGGCUAAAAACUCCGUAAUACUCCGUAAUCAUGCUCACCAGUUGGUUAGAUGGACUAUUGCGUGACGUGACAAAUAAAUUGUCACAUAAGCUCUUCGCUCAAUAAUGUGACCGUUCGUGAAAGCUUAUUGUUGAACUUAACAACAGUUUUAAGAAUUUAAGAGCGAGUUUUUACGAACCCCCAUUUGGCAAUUAUUUCAACCUUUAAGUAUUACCUUCCGGGCGCACGUGCAAAUGUGGAUGGUGAAAUUUUACUCACGUGACUAUCAAAGUAUGCAUUGUUCUAUUCUACUGACUCAAGACCCUUACUUAAAAUACCAUUAUAAAUGUACAUCAUAUAAUUAGGAUAAGGCGCAAGUACUUGAAGCGUGGUUACGUUAGAUUAUGGUUCGAGAAUAUUCUUUUGGGGCUCCCUCAUUUUUGUCUGUUUGCCUCCGAAUAUGACAUCAAAUAUUGUUAGUCUUUUCUUUUUAUCAUGGGGUAAGAAUCAUAAAGAGCUUCAAAGGAUUGGUCAUUGAAAAACAAGAAUGGUUUGAGGACGUGAAUUUCAUUUCCGACAUUCCAAGUAAGACUGGUAACGAAUACGACCAUCAUGGCGCUAUGAAAAUGAAUUUAUUGACUGCUGCAUAAUAGAAAAUGUUCUGGUUUCUUAUGUUUGGCGCAUUUGUUACCAAUCUUGAAAGAAAAAAACGGAUUUCCAUUAUUCUGCUUGGCAUUGUUUUGCAUGUAAACUGCAACCGCAACGUUUCAUGUUGUUCAGCAUUCUCGUAUUGGCCAUUUCGAGGUUGAGGAAAAACUGGGUCGAGUUGGUUUUGCAGUGCAACGUGGGAUUGUUUUAGGAGACGCAUUUCCAAAAUGAUGACUAUUUUUUCCCUUAUGCCAACUCGACCCAAGUUACUUUGAAACUAAAAUUUAUGCCUUCAUGGUUGCAAUCACAUCCGAGAAAAAAGCUAGACACACCACGCGCACAGUUUACCAUGUCGUGAUCUAUGACGUCACUAAUGGACAAAUUCAAACCGUCUCCUAUAAAUGACCUCUUCUUUGAUGUUAAAUCAUUUUAAAAUGUUCUUGGCAUAAAGUGAACGAAUUCCAGUGUAUAAUGGUCAAAUAGUGUUUUUAAGAAUCCGAAAUAACUGAGUUAUGAAAUGCGAUUAUCAGUACUCUUUGGGGAAGGGAGGAAAGAUUUAUGGAAUCCAUCUACGAAAUUAUUAUUAAGAAACAUAUUUAGUAAAUUGAAAGAGUAAGUUGAAACAGCCAAAAAUAUAUGGUUAUUAAUAUUAUUAUAAUUAUAUUGAUAUUAUUGAUAGAGCUAUGCUUAAUCGUUUACGUUCACUUCCUUGAAACCUACAGGAUAAUUAAUCUACUUUAAGUAAUUAACUAAUAUUUUAAUGAUUUGUUCCUUUAAAUGUACAUUUUAUGUUCUUUAAUCAGAUGGAGUAAGAGUUCGAGUAUUUUGUAUGUAGUAUUGUAGGGGUGGGAAGUGGAUAAGAACCAAUUGUUUGUGGUAUAUUCCUUUUA